AUGGCGUUCCACGCUGUCAUCCGCCUGGCAGCUAGACAGUCAUCCGCAUCCGCCCUCCGAUCCGCAGCUCGGCCGGUCUCGAGAGCUUCCUCCCUAGCUACCACAAAGACAAUUGCUCAGAAAUCAGCAUUCAGUUCUUGCGCAGUAAGGAGAAGCGGCAGCGGUCACGAGGAGGAGACAUUCGAAGAGUUCUCUGCCAGAUACGAGAAGGAGUUCGAUGGAGUGAAUGAUGUCUUUGAGCUUCAGCGAAACCUGAACAAUGCGUUUGCAUACGAUCUGGUCCCAUCGCCCGGUGUUGUUACAGCUGCACUAAAGGCUGCCCGUCGUGUAAACGACUUCCCCACAGCAGUAAGGAUAUUUGAAGGCAUCAAAGCGAAGGUCGAGAAUACACACCAAUACCAGGAGUAUCUGGAUGAACUUAAGCCAUUACGGGAGGAACUCGGCAUCAACUUGAAGGAGGACCUAUAUCCGGGAGAUACAGAUUCGCCAUACGCCAAUCAGUAA